AUGGACAAGAUGGACAUUUGGGACGAAGAUAGCGACCUUCUAUAUGACCUAGCUUGUGAGAGUGAAGCUCUUUUCGAUGCCCGCAUUGCGGAGUUUAGGAGCCAACAGUCCCGCGUCGCCGAGCUGCUCAUUGAAUAUCAACAGCGUUUCGCGAUAUGGGCCGCUCACCUGGGAGUUUUUGCUCGACCAAGUCAAUCUUUGGAUAAACGGCUUGAAAACUAUCCCGACAUUGUCGACCUCACCGCGCGCCUCCUGGACAUCCUCCGUCGCAGCCUUACCCAACGGGGAAACUCAGAAGACGGAAGUGAUGCCAGCGAGGACCGGCGCACCCAGGAUGCCGCGUUGGCCGCCUUGGAGGCGACACUUUCUCGGCUGAACAGACUCGGGGUCACAAUUCGUCAAACAUCGCGCGAAAAGAUGGUUAUCAAAACUCGGAAGUUCGCUAGCGGCCUGGACCUCAAGGGCUUCACUGACGCCUCUCGAUGUGUAGUGCACCUCCUUUACCCAAGCACUCACCACUCGUUGAGUGAGUACCUCGCCAAAACCAUGACCAACAGGUUUGUCACCAUGUUGUACCUGGGCCACAGAGGAGGAAAACUACAGUCACGCCGAUACACCAAGUCGCCCCUGAUGCCCACAAUUGGUGAAGCUGAAGAGCUCACCAUGAAACCGAGUCCACUUGAUCAAACCCCUGGGGCAGAAAUUGGAAAUACGAACAAACAGACCUCGCCAGGAGACCGGAAAAUCCCGUACGCGGCUUCCCAGUCUGACCUUUCCACCAUCAAUAGCAAACAGUUGCGACUGGCGCUGCGUAGAUCCGACUACCUCAGCGCCCCAACUGAACGACGAAAAGGGACUUCCUCAAUUCAAGUGAGCCAAGGCAACUAUCCACCCGCGCCAUUCCACAAAGAUUCAAACAUUGCGGCUUGUGAGUGGUGUGGCCGGCCUAUGGACAAGAGGGAAAUUACGGAAAGCGAGUGGAGACGGCACACUGACGACGACCUCAAACCUUACCCCUGCAUCUCGGAGGAAUGCCCCGACGGACAUCCAGUCUAUCCGAGUUUCGGACCGUGGCUCAGCCACAUGGAGAGCCACAGCAAACGAUGGCACCAGAGGGUGUAUCUGAUCCCUGGUUGGGUGUGCCCGGUCUGCGAAGACAGCCAUGACGUUUACAGAAGCCCAGAAGCGCUCCAUCUUCACCUCACCGAGACCCACCACGAUAUGUUUGACGCUAGUAGGCUCCAAGCCGUUGCUCGUCAGAGCAAAAUUGAACGUCCAAGGGCGUGGAAUGAGUGCCCUUUAUGCUGCUUCACCGUCGAGGAGGUUCCCCCCGGGCCCGACACGGGGCAGAAACGCCAAAAGAAGCAACUUCACCAGGAAAACGAUAAGAGGCCAAAGACCACUUCUAAAAUGCGGGAUUCAACUCCAUCCAGGGAAAUCGAGUAUCAUUCAGACAGCUCGAACGACUCUAUUAUUACGGAAAAGCACCUGACCUCGGACGACACCGAAAUGAUGGCGCGACACAUCGCUGGACAUUUGCAAACUCUCAUGCUGCUCACCAUACGCCUUGCCUCCCUGCAAAAUGAAGAAGCUGGCGACAGCGGACAAGACGCCAACAGCGAUUCAGUCGACCUCGGCGACAGCAUCGACGGGCUUAAGGCCGGCGAUCCCGAUGAAACAUCUGAUAUAAGCGUCCCUGAAGACCUCGAGAUGGCGGACGCGGACCAGGGGUUUGACGAAGCUAUAAUCUCAGAUGAUCACUCCACAAUCCCCGAUGCCGAUGUAGAUUUUAGCGAAAUCGGUGUACGGCAACAAUAUGACGGCUUUCCGGCAGAGGAGGACGGGUUCCUACAACAGCUGAUCCGAUCUGGUGCAUAUCAAGCACACCUGGAUGGCAGUCCAGGACCAAAUGAUGCGAUCCCAAACGCUGUAGACCCGUAUAUCAUCACCGUCAGUCCUGAUAGCUCAGAAGCUUGGAAACCCGACCCUGAGGCGAAUCCAUUUUCGGGCCCCAACGCCGACCUCCGGAUAGACAAUAUCAUUUUCCCAGAGGAUUUAUACAGGUUUCGCCCGAUCAACGCUCACUUCUCCCCUGACUUCACGUCUCGCGAUCCGGAUUGCGAGCGGGAACGCCCCAUGAUAAACAUCGUGUUGCCGACGCCACCCCUUCCACCCAACCAACAGGACGUGGGUAUUCCACCUCUGUUACAGCUCACCCAUGAAGCUCAAGGACUGGCGCAAGAUCAUUCCUCGCCGCGCCACGAAGUCCUUGACGAUGUGGAGCUCGGGGAGCGCGAGGUCAAAGAACACAGUGACUACAUGGAGAGAGUAUCGUCAAGCUAA